AUGUUUAGCUCGACUUCCAAUAUUGCCCCGCGACGGCUUGGCAGUGCCGGCCCUGGCGGCGACGACGCCUCAGCCUUGCGCGUCAUGCCCUCCACAGGUGAUCCCACAGACGAAGUGCGUGCGUCACUUGCCAGCCUUACGGCGCGGGCACAGAGGCUUGUGUCUGAAAGAGAUGCUGAGCAGCUCCUGCGCAACGGGUUCGGCCUUUUCGAGGCCUCCCGCAAGGCCGCGGAGGAGGCGCGGCACCAGGCGAACAAGUGCCAGUCCACUAGCGAGGGCUACGCCCCGGCGACCCACGCGUCCGUGGAGUUGUUUAUGACUCAGCACCUCGGCUUCGACGCUCAAGCGCAGCAGCGUCUGCUGCAGCAGCUGCAACGCCGCCACGCGCAGCUUGGUGCAGAUCUCGGUCCGAUCGACACCGUACCGAGCGCCGAGGCCUCGGGUUUCACGGGGAUCGCGGACGUGGACGCGGUGGUGGCAGAACUGAAGAAUGACAUCUUGCUCGACGUCCAACACGCCGUGCACCGACGUCAAACGAGCAUUGUGCGGGACCAGGUCGACACCCUCUUCAAGGCGGCCUGGCACCCCUUCUACGUGCGCGUCGCGGACGACUACGAGGCGCUGUCCAUGGGGGCAAACGAGCUCGCCGCUGGGAAGGCCGGAGCCACUGGUCGCCUGUCCUCCACGGGCACCGCUGCCCCGUCCGCAAACGCAUUUGGCGGUGCCAGCAGCAGCGCUAGCAGUUCCCUGGUGGACAUACUCAAUAGCGGCUCUUCGUUGGCCGCGGAGUUGAACAGCCGCAUCGCCGCCUUUGCCGCCAUUGUUGAGGAGUAUGCACCGGCGCAGUGGAUCAAGCACUUCACUGCCUACGUCACGGAGACGUCGCUGGACGGGGCGAAUGACUUGACGGUGCUGUGGACAUCAAUUGUGCAGAUUAUCGAGCCAAUGCAGCGGCGCGGCUCCGAGGCCGACAUCAUGUCCUACGUAGCCAGCAGCCGUCGCGUGAUGGAGCGGAAGUCGCUGAGCCGGCUGCUCGAGCGGGUGUUGCGCAUGGACCCCAUGCGCUUCGAGGAGGUGGAGAACAUGAGUGCGUUGCACCUGAUGGACGUAAUCGCGCGCUCGUGCGGGGCGACGAACCCCUGGAUGCACGCAUUCGUCGCGAUGCGGGUGGGUCGCUACGAUGUGGCGCAGCUGGCGAUGGAUGCUAUUGGGAUUCAGUCUGUGCGCGAUGCAAUGGCGAAGAUGACCGCGACACCCCCUGCCGAGCGCAACGCCAUGCCGCCCGCGUCCGAUCUCCAACCUGUCUACGCCGAAGCGAAAACAAAAGAAGACCCAUAUCGACAGGCCGUGCUGUUGGUGCUGCUCGCUGGCCGCACGGGUGAAAGCCCGGCAGCUGUCCUGCGCACUAUCCUGAGCCUCGCGCAAAGAGUGACAGACUCUCUGGAAGAUGCGCUAUGGCUAAGACUGUCAUGCAUUCGCGGUGUGGACAAGUCGGCGCAAGCUACACCCGUUCAGAGCCUCCGCACGCUCCAGCGUGCUGUUCUCGAUGACAUGCAGGAUCUGGUGAGCAUCACGCAGGGAAACGCCUGCCGUCUGGCAUCGUUUCUCAUCCACGCCUUGCUUCCCUCGACAGGUCUGCGGCUGCUCUUAGAGAACAACAUCACUCAUGUGGACGGCUUUCACAUGGCGUUGUGCUUUAGCGCGCAGAACCUCUUGCAGGGUAGGCUGCACUCUGCGCUCGAGGCUCCAAUCGACAUUGCUCGUCACAUGAACCGCUACUGCUCCGUGGUGUUGCUGGGCGUCGAUCGCCGCAUUCGUGCCACCGUGUUUGCAGGGACAGCGAUCUUCGCCUACUUCCACAAGAGUGGUUUGACGGAGGCGUUUGUGGAGUGCUGCUUGAAGGAUAUCAUUUGCGCGCGGCUGCUGGGCUCGCGCAACGCCGUGGGUGGGCAAGAUGCACUGCUCCUGCGGGCCGGUACUCGCGCGCUUUCAGAGGAGCUGCUAAAGGCACUCAUGCAAGUCGCGGAGGAUGCCUCGGCUCGCAGCGAGGUGGCGAAAGCUACUCAUGUUCUGCUGGCGGUUGCCUUCCUUGCAAGCCAGUUUUGCCGUCCAGAGCUGCAGCAACGGGCGCUACGGCGCGCAGUGCAGAUGAUGUCGCCAGCUCUGGCCCAGGUGCUGCAUCUUCCAUCGCGCAGCAGCGUCGUGUCGGACGUUCUGUCGCAGGCAGCGCAGCUGCAGCAGGCUGUGAACACUGCCCCGCACCAUCUGAAUGAGGAUGCCAUCAACGCGCAGGACUACCAAACGUUUGCGCAGCUGUGCCGCAUGGCGGAUGUGUAUGCUUUUAAUGUUAAUGGCAACGUCAGCGACGCUGUGGAUGCAUUCCUGCAGCUGCCGUUUGUGCCGCCGCCAAACACUGCUGUGACGGGCGGGGUAGACGCCUAUGUUGAGGCGUACUGCAACGCACCUGGAAGCGUGCAGCUAGGCGCACGUGCCGCGCUACGGAUUGCCAUCUCAGCAGCAGGGCAACUUCUCCAGCACUACGCACGCAACAGCACCAGCGGUGGCGCUGACGUCGAUGAGAAGAGACUGCGCCUGCUGCACCGAAUGCAAACCGUGCUCGAGUGGGCUCGUCAGUGCUGCGCGCGGACCAGUGUUGCAUACCCGGCUGUCGCAGAGGGAUUCGAACGAGCGUAUCUGUGCUGA